AUGUGGAUCGAUCAUCUUGAAACAAUAAAGAUCAGAAGAAAGGAAGGUGCGAGGAAAGCUGUCGAAACGAAAAGGAAAAAGAUGGCUGAAAAGAAUAAAGGUAUACAGGUCUUUCUGCUUUAUCAAGUACAACUAGUGUAGGAAUACAUGAUUUUAAAUUAGUUCAAUAUGCCUUCUUUCAUGUCUUUAUGUUAAAUGCAUUCUGUACUUCUAGGAAUGGCGGUUGAAAAUGCUAAAGUUGCAGAAUUACACUGUAUUUGCAAGCAGCCAGACGAUGGAAGGUACCAUUACAAUUUGUUAAGAUUUGCUAAUAUUAGCAUGCACUUAUUAAGGUUCGAAUUUCCUUUUCUUAUAUUUUUGUAGAUUUAUGAUUUGUUGUGACAGCUGUGACACAUGGUUUCAUGGUGAUUGCAUCGAUCUUUGCGAGGAAGAGGGAGAACUACUAGAAGAUUUCUAUUGCGACGCUUGUCUGGUGGCUUCAUAA